GCUCAAUAAGCACUUCAAUGUAGAUAGCAUUGAAAAGUGAAAAACAAACAAACAAAUACUACUGAAUCCAAAUCACGCUUUAAAUGAUUUGAUCAAAAUGUAUUUGAUUGAUAUGUUUAUUGGUUGUAAUGAGUCAUGAGCUGCGCACAUCAGAGCAUGCUUUCCCGAAACUCCACCUCACUCACUAGUUGUGGUCGUUUCCCUUCUCAUUUCGAAGUCAUCAUGGGUUGUGCGUAAAUGUUUCACUUUCCAAUAAGUAUGGAUCCUAAUUAUUCUCUGCUAUGAUAUUUUCAUUGCCUUAUCAAAUACACUUCUUACAGCACUGAAUAACCCCAGGGAGGAUAAUACAGAAAAAAGAAAGGUUUUAUGGCGUCACAGACGAAAAACUACAGUUGCCAUGAGCGCCUCGACGUCUCUUACGGAUCUCCCACAACGUCUACGAUCAUGUUUACAGCCGGUGUUCUUGGGAAUGUAGUCGCUUUAAUUCUCUUGGAAGUACGGCGGAGGAAGCAAACCGCAUCCCUGUUCCAAGUCCUCGUCACAUCUUUGAUCAUUACAGACUUGCUGGGCACUUUCUCCGUCAGUCCUCUGGUGAUUACCGCGUAUUUGAGGAACGAGUCGUUGCUCGGGUUGAGCGGAAACUCAUUGGUUUGCGCGCACUUCGGUUACGCGAUGACAUUUUUCAGCAUUGUCACUCUGGCCAUUCUUCUCUCCAUGGCUGGGGAGCGCUGGCUAUCCAUAGGGCAUCCCUACUUCUACGAAAAGCGUUUGCGUAAACGUUGCGGGUACAUCGCCAUCACUGUCAUAUACCUGGUUGGCGCUCUUUUCUGUGUCACACCUUUCUUCGGGUUUGGGAAUUACGUUCAGCAUUGCCCGGGUACGUGGUGCUUUAUUGACAUGGACCCACCUGAGCAUAGAAACAAAGUGUUCAAUAUUAUCUACGCGUCGUGUUUGCUUGCCAUGAUUGUAUGUACGGUUUUGUGCAACGCGUCUGUCAUCUAUCAUCUUUUACUCAUGUAUCGAAGACGCAAAGCGAACCGAAGCUCUAUCCGACGCCUGAGGGGACAAAAGAGGCGUCGGUCAAUCACGAAGGAGGUAGAACAUCUGGUGCUGCUCGGGUUCAUGACAAUCGCCUUCGUCAUUUGUUCACUUCCUCUUGUGAUUCAAGUUUACAUUAACACCAUCUUCAACAGUGAAGGUCACAAAAAGGAUCUUAUAGCCCUUCUUUUUUUAUCGGCCAACCCCAUCAUAGACCCCUGGGUGUUCAUCAUCCUCAGUCCCCCAGUGCCUCGCCUGCUCUGGCACAAGAUGUGCAAGACUGCAAAGUCCAAACCCACUCAAGAGAAGCUCCCUAGCAUUCAACCUGCAUCGUGUCAGACAAGCCCACCUGAAGGUCCAGAAGUUGUCAAUUUGCUGAAAGUUUACAGGGGAAUUCCAGGAAAUGCUGGCUCCUGAUUCCUAAACCACUUUGAUUUUGUGGGAAGGAUUGUGGAGCUAUUGCUCAUCCAUAAAUUGUGGAUGCUAAAGAUCCUGGUCCAAGAGGUCCAGAGAUGUGCUGUCACUGGCAAUCAGAAACAGAUGGAUCCACCGUAUGCUGUGUGUGGUGUGGCACCCAUGUAUUGUGUAGAAUACAAAAGAUAAUAUUUUUUUAGCAAGGCAAACUUUGUUAUUAUUAUUUAUUGUCUUUAUUUAUGGAAAGUUUAAAAAAUAUCACAAGGAAAACUUUAUUUUUGAUUGCUAUGUUCUGUAAAUAAAUAGCCUACAUUUACAGAUUGACAUGAAGACCCAUCCUUCUUGUUUAAACUGCGUGGAAAUUCCUGUACUCUCUUUAUGUGUAAUUUUAUGCAUCAUCGCUUUUCAAGUAUGCGUUCCAUUGCAAAUAUUUACAGGACCAAUUCGUGUCACAGCAAGUCAAAGCUAAUUGAGAAAGAGCUUGCAUAAACAGCAAAACCAUAUUACAGCGGCAUGAUUAAUGACAGCCAUUUGUAGAGGGAAGUUGAACAGCAGAGUAAGGUAAAAAAAACACUUUAAUUUCCUCAAUAGAUAUUGGGCAUUCUGUUUCUUGAGCAACAUUUGAAAAAAUCCAUAAUUUGUUUAGCAAUUUAAAACCAUGUUUCAAGGUCAAGUUUCACCAAAAAAAAAAAAAGCCUUAUUAAAAGAGUCAGUUUUAAUAUUGUUUUAAAAUUGCCAGUAUGCAUCAUCAGACAUGACACCUCACCAUGACUACAUCAUUUUCUCACCCACAUAAAAUCCCAGAUGUGUAUGACUUUCUUUCUCCUGCUGAACACAAACAUAAUGUUUUUAGAAGAAUAUCUCAGCUCUGUUGGUCCAUACAAUGCAAGUGAAUGGGUGCCAGAACUUUAAAGGUGCAAAAAGUACAUAAAGGCAAUAUAUAAGUAAUCCAUACGAUUCCAGUGGUUUAAUUCAUGUCUUCAGAAUGAUUUGAUAGGUGUGGGUGAGAAACAGAUCAAUAUUUAAAUUUUGAUUAUAAAUUCUCCUCUCUGCCCAGCAGGUGGCGAUAUGCACGAAGAAUGUGAAUCGCUGAAAUCAAAAGAAGAAUGUGAAAGUGGAAAUUGAUAGGAAAAAAGGACAUACAUAUUGAUCUCACCAACACCUGUCAUAUCGCUUCUGAAGAUAUCACUGGAGUCUUAUGAAUUACCUUUAUGCUGCUUUUAUAUAAUUGUUGGACCUCUCGACACUAUUCACUUGCAUUGUAUAGAAGCUGAGAUAUUUUUCUAAAAACACUUUUUUUUUGUUGUGUUCAGCAGAAGAAAGAAACACGUCUGGGAUGGCAUGAGGGUAAGUAAAUGAUGAGAGAAUUUUCAUUUUUGGGUGAACUAUCCCUUUAAGUGGGUUUUACAACAUGUUUUGGUAAUCAGAACCAAUAUUCAGAACUGUGUAUUUGGAGAUAUGCCUGUAUGGCAUUUACAGAAUGUUUCUUAAACUUCACCAGCAUUGAACAGCUGGCAUUUAAUUUCCUAGUUUAUAGUAAAUUCCAUUACAAUGACACAUUCAGACAUCUUAAAAUGCAGAUCACUGUGUAUGUAGGCUCUACUGAUUAAUGACCUGAGAAAGCCUGCAGUUGCUCAAACUGCUGUGCUUUUCCCAUAAUACACAUAAGCUCGUGUGUAAAACACAUAUGGUUUUAGUUGCAUGUCAUUUCCUGAUUUGUAUCUAAUUCUUCCCUAAUGGUCUACAUCUUUGUGUUUUGUUUUAUUUUUAUUUGUAUAGUGCAUCUCAGACUUAUUAAAAAGUCAUGGAUGUCCUGUUGUUGACCUUUGUGGGCACAGGGCUUUGCCAAACUCUGGCAGGACAGGACAGAGUACAUGUGUUUAUUUAACGUGUGUUCCUUUAAUUGGACAUUUGGAAAAGGAGGGAGAGACGUCCUUAUAAGGCAAGACCUCAGGGAAACAUUUAGCUGUUCAUCUGGCCUUAUAUUAUACGUCUAUUCUUUGGUCGCUGUAAUGUAAUUUUCAGAGACUCCCAGAGCACAGUCAGAGAUAUGAUUUCUUUGAUGAAGGUAUAUGCCUGAAAUCCAUUUGCUGAUCUAGCUUUUAAAGCAAUUUGUCACAGAUGGAUUUUCUGUCCGGUGUAUUUUUCUUUGGUUAAAUUGUGCCGGUAUUAACUGCAUUUGGACAUCCAUACGUGCACGCUACAGAGGAUUUGCUUGGGUCCUGAAAUCUGGUAUAUAUAUAAAAAUAGAAGGUGAACGCGAACGAUUCAUCACUUAAAAGAUUUGUUGGUCCCAAUUUAAAUUAGGUGACUUUACUACAGUGGCAAGAAAAAGUAUGAGAACCCUUUGGAAUUAGCUGUAUUUAUGUAUAAAUUUAUCUUAAAAUCUAGUUUGAUCUUCACCUAAUUUACAAUAAUUAAAAAAACUGUCUGUUUUAACUCAAAACACACAAAUUAUUCUAUUGUUCUUGUGCAUAUUGAAUACAUCAUUGAAACAUUCAGUGUAGUUUUGAAUAAGUAUGUGAACCCCUAGUUUAAUGAAGUCAACAAAAGCUACUUAGAGUCAGUUGGCAAACCUGGCAUACAGUUAAUAAAAUGAGAUUGGAGGUGUGGGUUAGGGCUAAUUUGACUUAUAAAAAAGCUCUCAAAUAUUUUGAGUUUGCUAUUCACAAGAAUCAUCUGCUAAUGUGGACCAUGCCUUGUUAAAAGAGAUCUUAGAAGACCUAAAAUCAAGAAUUGUUGCUUUGCAUAAAGCUGGAAAGGGUUAAUAAUGUAUCUCGAAGGGCUUAGAAAUUUAUCUGUCCACAAUUACACACAUUUUCUAUAAAUGGAGAUAAUUUAGUACUGUGGCUACUCUCCCUAGAAGUGGCUAUCCAGACAAGAUGACUUAAAGUGUACACUUUAGAAUGCUCAAUGAGGUAAAAAAAAAAAAAAGAACCACAGAGUGACAGCUAAAGUCUUGGAGGAUUCAUUGGAACUAGUCUAAUCUAAUAUACUGAAAACAUUAAACAGUCAUUGUGUCCAUUGCAGGACACCACAAAGGAAGCCGCUGCUUUCCAACUAAACAUUGCUGCAUGACUGUAGUUUGCCAAAGACCACCUUGACUCUCCACAACACUACUGGGAUAAUGUUUUGGGGACUGAUGAAACUAAUGUUGAAAUGUUUGGGAAGAACUCUAAACACUACGUUUGCCGUAAAAAAAAAAAAAAGAAGAAGUGCAAUGCAUGCCUACCAGCAUGCAAAUAUAAUCCCAUUACAGUGAAGGGAUUAUCAUGAUUUGGGGCUGCUUUAGGGCCUGGACCACUUGCCAUCAUGGAGGGAAAAAUGAAUUCCCAAGUUUAUCAAGAUAUCCUACAGGAUAAUGUCAGGAGCUGACAUUAUCCUGUAGGAUAGUGCAGCUCAGUAGAAGUUAGGUGAUGCUGCAGGACAAUGACUCUAAACAUCGAAGUAAAUCGACUACAAUCGGCUUCAAAAAAUUCAAAUCCACCUUUUGGAGUGGCCUAGUCAGUGCACAGACCUUAUCCCAAUAGAGAUGCUGUGAAAUGACCUCAAGAGCUGUUCACAACAGACAUCCUAAAAUUAUGGCUGAGCUGAAGCAGUUCUGUAAAGAAGAAUGGUCCAAAAUUCCUUUUGAACAUUACACAGGUUUAAUGCCCGGCUACCAGAAAUGCUUAGCUGAGGUUCUUGCUGCCAAAGGUGGAUCGAUCAGUUGAUAAAUCCAAGGGUUCACUUACCUUUUCACAAAACUGUGAUUUUUUAUGGGAUGUGUUCAAUAAAGACAUGAAAGAUUAUAAAUGUUUUGGUGUUGUUAGCACAUUGUGCUUGUCUAUACUUGUGACUUUGAUGAAGAUGUGAUCACAUUUUACGACCAACUAAUGCAGUAAACCUGCAAAUUCCAAAGGGUUCACAUACUUUUUCCUUCCACUGUAUAUACUUAAGCAUUUGAUACAAUGUACUUAUAUAAUACUGUAUAUAAUAUAGUAGACAUGUGAACAAAUGGGUUAUGUCUCUGUUGUAUAUUUGUUUUAUUUAUUUCAUUUUUAUAGCUGUAAAAAAGCAAAUGAAUAAAUAAUAUUAGCAGUCCGGUUUGCCUAUAUGCACUGUUUGACUUCUCAGACAUUGUGUGUGUGUGUGUGUGUGUGUGUGUGUGUGUGUGUGAGCGUGUGAGCGUGUAUUUAUCACUUUGUGGGGACCAAAUGUCCCCAUAAGGAUAGUAAAACCCGAAAUUUUUGACCUUGUGGGGACAUUUUGUCGGUCCCCAUGAGGAAAACAGCUUAUAAAUCAUACUAAAUUAUGUUUUUUGAAAAUGUAAAAAUGCAGAAGGUUUUCUGUGAGGGUUAGGUUUAGGGGUAGGGUUAGGUUUAGGGGAUAGAAUAUAAAGUUUGUACAGUAUAAAAACCAUUAUGUCUAUGGAAAGUCCCCAUAAAACAUGGAAACACAACUGUGUGUGUGUGUGUGUGUGUGUGUGUGUGUGUGUGUGUGUGUGUGUGUGUGUGUGUGUGUGUGUGUGACAAGCGCUAAUGUAAACAGACUUGGCUAUGUGCAUCAGAUAAUCACGCUCGACAGCAUGUUUUCACUAUAAGUAUACAAGUUUAAACUGUUAUAGUUUGGCUACUGUUUCAGAAAACAAACAUAUUAUAUGCCUGAAGAGACUGCUUGAGUUGCUGUUUGUGUGAAUGAAAACCACAUCUGCACCUAAUCAGCAGACAUGGCUGCGUGGAUGGGAAGAUCAUGUUUAGAUAGGACGGCUGUGCAUAUACAAGGUGUUAACUGUUAUCAUGGUACUUUGGUGACAAUUAGGCUGUUUAUUACGUAAAAUAAACAUAUUAUGUGCGUAAAAAGUCUCUUUGAUGUUUUUAAUGUAAACAAAUGGCAACAUGCAUCAGAGGAAGAUCACGUUUGAUGUAUUGACUGUGUGUAGCUGUAAACUUUAAUCUUGGUACUUUGGUGAUGAGUUUGAUGUAUGUAUAUAAAAUAAACUUAUUCUGUGGUUAAAAGACUGUAUGAGUAACUGUUUGAGCGAAUAUAAAUUACAGACGCUUGGCCUGUGUCAAAAGUCGAUUUGAAUCUGGCAGCUUGUAACAUAACUGGCUGUUGCAGAAACAUAUAUGUGACGGUUAAUAACUGGGCUCCGUAGAGUACCGUCACACAUAUGUGUUUCUGCAACAGCCAGUUACAUUACAAGCUGCCAGAUUCAAAUCGACUUUCUAGCUGACAGGCUACACUGGUCAAGUGUCUGUAAUUUCUGUGGCGGUACAUAUAAAAGGGUUAACAUACC